ACAGACACUGGAUAAAACGAUUACAAUCAGAAUAUUAAUCAUUCAGGCUGAUCAGAAGCCGCAUUUGCAGUCGUCAGUGCGGUUGUUGUAAUGCGGCUCCGCGCCGCUGGGCGUCAGUCCGCGCGUCGCGUCUGCAGCUGUUCGGAUCCCCUGCUCACUUUCUGUCCGUGAUGGCGGAGCGCAGCGGCGACGGUCGUUCCGCGCAGUGAAGCUCGAGCCCGAACGCGUCCCGGUACCGGCCAGACCGAAUGACAACCUAGUGAGUCGGUAUGAGCCGAAGCUUCAGGAUGAGAUGAGAGCCGAACUGAGCCGAGCCGCGCUUCUGCUGCUGAGUGGCAUUUAGACUGGCGUGAUGACGGAGGAGCGCUGUCCUCAGCUGGUGGAUUAUUUCGUGGUGGCGGGUCUGGCAGGCGACUCGUCUCCGCUGGACGAGGAGGGUCAGCAGAGGGGCGUGCGAGCGCUGCAGCCCGUCACUGAUCUGGCCGUGAUCGCCCGUGGCCUCGGGGAAGACGUUCCUGAGGGCUUCACCUGCAUCGAGAAGACCCAAGCAGGCCAUCCGGCGGAGCUGAGCGCAGGCCUGCUCAACAACACACACAUGUUCCUGUGCUACCGCAGAGGACACGACAAACCGCCCCUCGUCGAGCUCGGUGUUCUGUACGAGGGCAAGGAUCCGGUCCGGUCGGGAUGGCAGGUGAUCGAGACGACUCCGUACAGUCGUUCUGCGAGCCUGAGCUCCGGCGGUCCCACGAUGCACCGCACUUUCCUGAUGUUCCGCCGAGCGCCGGACUCACAGGCGCUGAACACGCUGGGCAUCACUGAGAUCUCGCUGCUGAUGCCUAGCAAGGGCGAGACGGCGCCGCACACCUACUGCAGAGUGGACAAGAACCUCAACACCGGCAUGUGGCUGCUAAAAAUUAAGCUUUGCUAUCACAAGAAUAAUCUGUAAGCUUGUGUGUGUGUGUGUGAGUGUUCAGGUCUGAUCAGUCGCUAUCCAGAGGAGGAUCUGGAGUCGUUUCCGCUGCCGGACUCUGUUCCGGUCUUCUGUCUGCCGAUGGGAGUGACGGUGGAGAGCUGGCCGCUCAACACUAAAUACCAGCUGCCCAUCUUCUCCACGUUUGUCCUGACCAGUGCCUCCGGAGACAAGGUCCGUCUGCUCACAGCUUAUGACCCGUUCACACCAAUAACAACCAGAUCAGCGUCCAGUUCUCUGCAUGCUAGUGCCCGACGACUUAAUACUUUUAUUCAUCAAGGAUGCAUUUGUAGCGUUGCAUUGCAGCUGAUGGUUUGGUACUCCAUCUCUGGACCGCAUGUGCUGCCGCUGGAGAAGCACAUCUCGAGCUUCAUGCACAACGUCCCGUUCCCGUCCGCUCAGCGUCCUCGGAUCCUGGUGCAGCUCUCUUCGUAUGAUAAUAUGUUGCUCUGUCAGCCCGUGUCGUCUCCGCUGCCGCUCAGUGGUGCCAGUUUUGUGAAGCUGCUGCAGAAUCUGGGUCCUGAGAACGCGUGUUCGCUGCUGCUGGCGGUUCUGACCGAACACAAGCUGCUGCUGCACUCGCUGCGGCCCGAUGUUCUGACGUCCGUCAGCGAAGCGCUCGUGUCCAUGCCGUUUCCUCUGCGCUGGCACUGUCCGUAUAUCCCGCUGUGUCCGCUGCGGAUGGCAGAUGUGUUGUGCGCGCCCAUGCCCUUCAUCGUGGGCGUCCACUCCAGCUACUUCGAGCUUUACGAUCCGCCGACUGACGUGGUGUGUGUGGAUCUGGACACCAACACCAUCUUCCAGUCUGAAGAUAAGAAGCCUCUGUCCUGGAGGUCUUUGCCGAGGAAACAUGGGAAGAUCCUGCUGAACUCUCUGUCCAACCUGCACAAAACCCUGGAGAAGAUCUAUACUCCGGGUCAGGAGGAGGCCACGCUGGAGUUCCUGCUGACGGAUUACGAUCUGAUCUACGGCCGUCAGAAGCAGCUGGAGCUGGAGAUCCAGGAGGCGUUCCUGCGCUUCAUGAGCUGUUUGCUGAGAGGAUACCGAUCCUUCCUGCUGCCCAUCACACAAGCGCCCUCCGACCGAACCACGGACUGCAGCUCGCUCUUCCACCUGCAGGGGUUCCUGAAGUCUCGCGAUCGAGCGCAGCAGAAGUUUUACACGCAGCUCACGAGGACGCAGAUGUUCACGCAGUUCAUCGAGGAGUGUUCGUUCGUCAGCGACCGUAUCGACGAGUGUCACAGCGGUGAGCACACAGUGUUCAUUAUGCCUCCGGAGGAACCGCAGGAAGCCGACGGCUCCGAUUGUCCUGCACACUACAGGUGUGUGAUCAUCAGUCAUUUUGUCUCGCUCCUGAUGUGUGUGUGUGUGUGUGUGUCUCAGGUGUGUUACCGUAUCCUCAUGCAGCUGUGUGGUCAGUACGGUCAGCCGGUUCUCGCGGUCAGAGUUCUGCUGGAGAUGAAGCGGGCGGGAAUAACGCCCAACACCAUCACAUACGGAUACUACAAUAAAGCGGUGCUAGAGAGCAAAUGGCCAUCCACCAAUCAGGGAGGGCGUCUUCGCUGGGCGAAGCUUCGUAACGUGGUAUUGGCCGUGGCUCAGUUCAGGCAGCCAAUCAAACAGCAGCAGAGGAGCGCAUCAUUCAGCACCCCCGCAGAAGACGUACUGUCCAAGCCCCGCCCCCACUUGGCUCUGAUUCGUCAGUCCAGCUGGAGCGGGUUGAGUGAAAGCUCGAGCCACGAAUCGCUGACGAGUCUGGCCAAGAGUAACAGUCUGAGCAGCGUUCAGGCGUCAGGAGGCAGGAAAGGUUUUCUCCUGUUCUGCAGGUCGGUGGAAGUGAGGGAGACUCUGAACAGAAAGUCGGUGGAUGAAAACUACAACAACGUGUCGUCUCCGAGCCGCGGUCUGGCCGGGAAACUGCAGCAGCUGCUGACGCCCACGAGGAACCGUGCAUCGGUGCGACGAGCCGCUAGCGUAGACGACCGGCGGCCGGGAGCGAACGGACACUCGCGCCAGAAACCCUCGCGCAAGAGCCAGAUGACCGAGAGUCUGCUGAAGGCCAAGGAGCGGCUGUACAACGCCACGUCUGAGAGCUCUCUGUCUGUAGGGAGUGACAUUGACAUGACGGACAUCCAGACGCUAGCAGUUCCUCUCAGGAAGUCGUGGGAUUCUGCACAGGAAGGGGCGGGCAUUGAGGUGCUGAUGUCGAGCUGCUCGCUGUGCCGCAGCUGUAAUUCUCUGGUGUAUGAUGAGGAGAUCAUGGCGGGCUGGUCGUCUGACGACUCUAAUCUCAACACCACCUGUCCGUUCUGCUCCGCGCCGUUCGUCCCGCUGCUGAACGCAGAGAUCUGUGACCCGGGGCACGUCUGCAGAUACCUGCUGCAGCUGCUGCGGACGUCUCCGCUGACAACACGCCUCACACAGGGGUCAGAGGGCACGGCGGUGCGCGUGAGGCUGCUGUGGGACACACUGACCCCAGAUACAGAGCAGUGGCCAGCGCUCUACAUGCUCUGGAGGAUUCACAGUGGCGUCCCCAUGCGCAGCUACAGCUGGCGGCAUCACAACCAUCCCUUCAACCUCAGCUUCCUGGAGGAAGUGCUACGCUGGAUCGGUCUGAACGAGGUACACAAGGCCAUCAUGCUCUUCCUGGAUACGGUUGCUAAGCAGCCCGGCACUCCGCGGAUACAGAGGAGUCUGUACAGAGAGAUGCUCUUCCUCACGGUGGCUGCCAUGGGCAAAGAUCACGUCGCUUCCUUUGAUAAGCGUUAUAAGGCGGCGUAUGUGCGCUUGAGCAGUUCUCUGGGCCGAGAGGAGUUGAGGAGGAAGAGAGUCCAGCCGCCCAGUCCUAAAGCCGUCGACUGCAGACGCUGCUUCCUGCUGCCGCUGGAGUGCUGAACACACAUCACACACACACACACUCCGCUCGUCUCGUAACGUCGCGUCUCAUCGUCGUCUUCACGCUGCUUGAGGAGGAAAUGCGACACACAGUCCAAGCACUUCUGCUGGUACGUUGACUGCAGACGCAGCUGUGCAUUAUGGGAACGCGUGACCCUUUCACCAAAACUGCUUCUGUAUCCCACAAUGCCGAGCAAACUGACACCCGCCCCCACCUCGGACGAUUUCAUAGGAUCUAGUGUGGCGUCUGGAUUUACCUCGUUUAUUUCUGUUCGUUUGAUUUCAUGGAACUCAAAGAUGAAGAUCCGGUUGUAAACGCCGGAAGGCAUCAUGGGAGUUUGAGAUAAUUCUGCACUGGAGUGACGCUCUGAGCUCCUUCAUGUUAGUGUGAGAUGUUUCCCGACCAGCAGAUCCAUCGUCUCUAUUCUGGACAGGAGAGUUACUCCGUAAACUAGUCUGAUUAGUUAGUUCCUCUGAACCGUGUUUGUGUGUGUGAGAGAGAGCAGUGCUGCUGUCGAGCUACAAACACAAACAUGUUUUAUUCAGUCAUUUAAAAGUUUUAUUUUAUCCAGUCAUUUUAAAGGCUUUCUCCUGGAGAAUCAUGACUUCCUGUGAUGCUCUGAUUGGCUGACGUCCAUGUGCUGCUGUCAGGAUCACGUUCAGCUCGUUCACCCACAAACCAGCUGCUUUUAGCAUUGAGAUGUUAUUCUCAUGACCAUCAAAAACAUUCACUUCCAAACU